AUGGCUCUUCCUCAGACCAUGAAGGCCGUCGUAUUUGAUGGACCCCGCAGCGUCUCCAUCCAAGACCGACCGGUGCCUCAGAUCCAGGACGAUGAAGAUAUCAUUGUCAAAGUGAGCGCAACUGCUCUCUGUGGCUCCGAACUACACGUGUACCGUGGCCAUCAGUCCUCCGAUACUGGCUUCAUCAUGGGACAUGAGUUUACAGGAACUGUCGUAGCUGCAGGACCAGCUGUGAAGUCAGUCACCGUUGGCGACAAGGUUGUAGCGCCAUUUACCGCAUCAUGUGGCAAGUGCUUUUUCUGUCUCAAUGGCGCCACUGCGCGCUGUGAGAAAUCCUUGCUUUUCGGAUCAACCAAGCUCGAUGGUGGGCAAGCAGAAUAUGUUCGCGUGCCCCUGACUGAUGGCACAGUCUCCAAAGCACCACCAUCCAUUUCAGAUGAGGCUUUAAUUCUCAUGGCUGACAUCUUCCCCACCGGAUUCUUUGGCGUCAAAUCCGCACUCAGCAUGGCGCCUCCCACUCUUAACAUCCAAGAAUCUACUCUGGUGGUGAUUGGAUGUGGUCCCGUUGGCUUGUGUGCAGUCAUUGCUGCGGCAGAGCAGAAACCCAAGCAUCUGUUUGCCAUUGACGGCGUGGAUAGCAGACUUGAACAGGCAAGACAACUUGGUGCCGAGCCCCUCAACUUCCUCAGUGACAAGGCGGGUAUGACGGCGAGGAUCUUGGAAGCAACAGGAGGAAGAGGCGCCGACUUGGUCGUUGAGGUUGUCGGACUGUCGCCAGCAUUGAGGACUGCUUUUGACAUUGUCAGGCCCUUUGGCGUGAUCAGCAGUAUUGGUGUUCACAAUGCAGAGAUUCCAUGGUCUGGAGUUGAGGCAUACGGAAAGAAUAUUCGCCUACAAAUGGGCAGAUGCCCUGUUCGGAGCAUCUUUUCCGAAGCUCUUGUUCUGCUUGAGAAGAAGCAGCACCUACUUGGUUUCAUGUUUGAAAACAUCAUGCCGCUCAACGAGGCUGUUCAAGGAUAUGCCCUGUUUGAUGAGAUGAAGGUACAAAAGGUUGUCUUCAAGCCAUAG